CGUUUUAGUAUUAAACAAAAUGGAAAAAAGUUCACUAGCCUGUUACUAGGCGCUAGUAAGUUAGUGCUCAAGCAUGCAGUAUUAAUUGUCCUAUAUUGUAUCCACUAGAUGUGUUUACAAAUAUUCUUUUUAUAAUAAUACUUAUUUAUAUCAGUUUCUGGCAACCAAUCAAACUAAUCAAUUAUUACGAAUGCGGAAAAAGUUUCUAGUUCAGCCUUAAAAUGGCAAAAAAUUUAUAAAGAGUUAGACUGAGGAGAAGCGUUUCUUCUUUACUUUGUUUAUUUAUAAAAAUGAUAAAAGACAAUGGCGAAAUAGAGAAAAAUAAUAAAAAGGUUUCGUUUAACGAAGAAAAACAACUCACUAAGAAUGGAGAGAGAACAAUAAGAAAAAAUUUGUUUAAUAUAUGUAAAGCAAUCGGAGCAAGAAUACUAUUUAUUUGCCACUCUAGUUUAAGCAUCUAUUGGACAUCUAAUGUUAAAAAUAGUUAUUACUAUUGGUUUCUAUCUGCAAGCUUACUCUUUUUGAUUAUUGAACUUAUCAUUGUUAUUAAAGUUAAGAAGGGUGAAGAUUGGAAAUGGUUCUGUCCAAGUGUAUUUGUAUAUCUAACAACAAUUAUAUCUUGCGUUUGGAUAUUAGAAUUGGAUAAACUUGAUCAAAAACCUCAGUUAACAAACGCUACUGGGGUUUAUAUUCCUGGUAUUGGUCAGCAGUUUAACACCUCUGAUUGGUAUUUGAUGAUAGAACAGGGACUCAUGCUCAUUCUGAUAGUAGGUAGAUGGCUCUUACCCAAAGGACAUAUGACAAGAGAUGAGCUAUCUCAGCUACUACUUGUUUAUUUCGCCAUUGCGGCGGAUAUUCUCGAUUUUUUCCCCAUCAUUGCAAUAGAUGAACUAAAGAAAGAAAAAAGAAUGAUAUACUCAAUUUUAGCUGCUUGGAGCUGGAGCCUUAUGCAAUUUACAUUCGUCCUAACGAAUCGAGCUACUCUCUCGGGUACAAUAAUCCGAAAAAGAAGUGUAUUAGCUUCAAAGGCUGUAAAACGAUAUCAUGUUUGCUGUGAAACUGAAGUGUGGACUUUAUUGGUCUCAGUUUUAAUGCAAGAUGGUCCAUUCGUAAUUCUUAGACUAGUUACAGUCAUUUACUUUAAAGUCCAAACAUUUACUAUAUUUUUCUUUUUAAGUAAAAAUUUGGUUGUACUUGUACUGCAAUUUUAUAGAAUAGUAGUAUUAUGUUUUGAAAAAUCAUCACAUGUUAGUCCAAAAAUGACUGAAGUUCAACAACAGAAUCAAAUGGAAAGACAGUUUGAACUUUAAUUUAUUUUUACUUUUGUUUAAUAAAAAUUAUUCAAAAAUCUAUUUUUAGCAUAAAUAAAGAUAUAUAUGUUA